UCCCGUUUGGAGUUACAUCCCUCGCUUCUCUCUCUUUAGCCCUCCCGCCUCGGCCUGCCCUUGCUUGUCUGUUUCCUCUUCCUCGCGAGCCGCCUUUGCCCGUUGCAGCGUCCCCGGGAUCCACUCUUGUCUUUCUGAAGUUAACCUCUGCCUCCUGCAAGUGCAGAAAACACCAGGCAGCCAAGAUGCCCCAUGGUAGACAGACCCGAGUUCUCCUCCUCAACGACAUGGAAAAGCUGGACAAGACUCUCUUCCGGCUGGAGCAAGGCUUUGAGCUGCAGUUCCGACUGGGCCCUACCUUACAAGGCAAGCAUGUUGCAGUAUAUACAAACUACCCAGCUCCUGGAGAAGUCUUUGAUCGUCACAAAUUCAGAUGCCUAUCUUGGCACAACCCAACAGGAAAAGAAGAUGAUUCUGACAAGUAUUGCAAACUAGAUCUCCAGAUUUCUGGGUCAUACCAGUAUUACUUCAGUCAAGAAAAUCAGAAAGGUGGUGGAGGUUACAUAGUUGUGGAUCCGAUUUUGCGUGUUGGUGCUGACAAUCAUGAAUUGCCCUUGGAUUGUGUUACACUCCAGACAUUUCUAGCUAAGUGUCUGGGUCCAUUUGAUGGCUGGGAAGAUCGUCUUAAAGUCGCAAAGGAAUCUGGUUACAACAUGGUUCACUUUACACCAGUGCAAAGGCUUGGUCUAUCUAGAUCAUGUUACUCAUUGGCUGAUCAGCUGGAAGUAAAUCCUGAAUUUUCAACCGCUAACAAAAAGUGUUCUUGGAAUGAAAUUGGAAAGCUAUUGGAGAAAAUGAAAAAUGAAUGGAAUAUGCUUUGUAUUACAGAUGUAGUGUACAAUCACACUGCUGCAAACAGUGAAUGGAUAACUCAUCAUCCAGAAUGUGUGUACAAUCUUGUUAAUUCUCCUCACUUGAAACCAGCCUGGCUUUUGGAUCGAGCCCUUUGGCAUUUAACCUGUAAAGUAGCUGGUGGCAAAUGCAGCGAUAAAGGGGUACCUCCACUGAUUGAAAAUGACCAACAUUUGAAUUGUAUCCGUAAAAUUAUAUGGGAGGAUGUUUUUCCCAAGAUAAGAUUAUGGGAAUUCUUCCAAGUAGAUGUUAACAAAGCAGUGCAACAAUUUAAAACCUGUUUAACUCAAGGUGGCUCAAAAGUUAAAACUGAUCCCAAGCAACAUCUUGCAGUCAUUCAGGAUCCUGAAUUUAAAAGACUUGGCUGUACUGUAGAUAUGAACAUUGCAUUGAACACCUUCAUUCCACAUAGCAAUGGGCCUGCCGCAAUUGAAGAAUGUUGUAACUGGUUCCGCAAGAGAGUUGAAGAACUCAAUGAGGAAAAGUUCCGACAAACAAAUUACCACCAUGAGCAGGCAGUCAACUGCUUUGUGGCGACGGUGAACUACGAACGACUGGCAGGCCAUGGGCCUAAAUUAGGUCCUGUAACUAGAAAGUUUCCUUUAGUUACAAGGUACUUCACUUAUACCUUUAAAGAGCUAACCCUGGAAGAGGAGGAAGCUAUGAUGCAUCAGCCUGAGAAAGCGAGUUAUUUUAUGGCCCAUAAUGGCUGGGUGAUGGGAGAUGAUCCUCUGAGAAAUUUUGCUGAACCAGGUUCAAAUGUCUACCUGAGAAGAGAGCUUAUUUGCUGGGGCGACAGUGUCAAGUUACGUUAUGGGAACAAACCAGAGGACUGUCCAUAUCUCUGGGCUCACAUGAAAAAAUACACUGAAAUUACUGCUAAAUACUUCCACGGUGUACGCCUUGACAACUGUCACUCUACCCCUCUUCACGUAGCUGAGGAGAUGCUGGCUGCAGCCAGGUCAGUCAGACCUAAUCUUUAUGUGAUAGCUGAACUCUUCACGGGCAGUGAGGUCAUUGACAAUGUCUUUGUCAACCGCCUUGGAAUUACCAGUCUGAUUAGAGAGGCAAUGAGCGCAUACAACAGUCACGAAGAAGGAAGAUUGGUUUAUCGCUUCGGAGGAGAGCCUGUUGGGUCUUUUGUUCAGCCGCGUUUGAGGCCUUUAACCCCCGCUAUUGCACAUGCACUCUUCAUGGACAUUACGCACGAUAAUGAAUGUCCCAUUCAGCAUCGAUCUGCUUAUGAUGCCCUUCCCAGCUCAACCAUUGUUUCCAUGGCUUGCUGUGCUACAGGAAGCACUAGAGGAUAUGAUGAACUAGUCCCACACCAGAUUUCUGUGGUCAGUGAAGAGCGAUUCUAUCCGAAGUGGGAUCCAGCAGCAACACCUUCGAACCCUGGGAGAGUAAAUUUCAAAACUGGAAUUAUAGCAGGAAGGCUGGCGAUGAACAGAUUGCAUCAAGAGCUGGGAGCUAAAGGUUUUAAUCAGGUGUACGUAGAUCAAGUCGAUGAGGAUAUCGUGGCCGUGACAAGGCAUUGUGCUAACACACACCAAUCUGUUGUAGCAGUUUCUCGAACAGCUUUCAGAAAUCCCAAGACAUCUUUUUAUAGUCAAGAAGUUCCCCAGAUGUGUAUUCCAGGCAAAAUUGAAGAGGUGGUUCUUGAGGCUAGGACUGUUGAGAGAAAUGCCGGCCCUUAUAAAAAAGAUGAGCAGGCAAUCAAUGGAUUGCCUGAUUAUACCGUUGAGCUCCGAGAACACAUCCAGCUCAAGGAAAGUAAAAUCAUAAAGCAAGCUUCAAUCGCUACAAAAGGCCCUAAUGAAUUUGUUCAAGAGAUAGAAUUUGAAAAGCUAACACCGGGGAGUGUGAUUAUAUUUAGAGUUAGCCUUGACCCAAAGGCACAAGAUGCUGUAGGAGUACUUCGCAAUCAUCUGAUUCAGUUCAGUCCUCACUUUAAAUCUGGAAGCCUUCCUGAUGACGGGUCAGAAUCUAUACUCAAAACACCCUUCUACAAUAUUGCAUCAAAAUUAACCUUGGCGGACCUAAAUCAUGUAUUAUAUCGGUGUGAUGCUGAGGAACAGGAGGAUGGUGGAGGAUGUUACGACAUACCAAACUGGACACCCCUUAAAUAUGCAGGCCUUCAAGGAAUAAUGUCAGUGAUGGGAGAUAUAAGACCAAAAAAUGAUUUGGGCCAUCCUUUCUGUGGUAACUUGAGAUCUGGAGACUGGAUGAUCGACUAUGUGAGUGAUCGUUUAAUUUCCCGCGUUGGAGCCUGCUCUGAAGUUGGCAAAUGGCUGAAAGCAAUGUUUAUCUACCUGAAGCAGGUGCCUCGUUAUCUCAUUCCAUGUUAUUUUGAUGCCAUAUUAGUUGGUGCAUAUACAACACUUCUUGACUUGGUUUGGAAACAAAUGUCUAGCUUUGUUCAGAACGGAUCAACAUUUGUUAAACAUCUUUCCUUGGGUUCAGUCCAGAUGUGUGGGAUAGGAAAAUACCCUUCUCUGCCAUCUCUGUCUCCUUCCAUACAUGAUGUUCCAUAUAGGAUUAAUGAAAUUACAAAAGAGAGAGAACAGUGCUGUGUUUCUUUAGCAGCUGGUUUACCUCAUUUUUCAUCUGGCAUCUUCCGCUGCUGGGGAAGGGACACCUUCAUUGCAUUGAGAGGGCUGCUGUUAGUUACUGGACGUUACUUGGAAGCAAGGAACAUAAUUUUAGCAUUUGCUGGUACCCUAAGACAUGGCUUCAUUCCCAACUUGCUUGGCCAGGGGACUCAUGCCAGAUUCAAUUGCCGUGAUGCUGUGUGGUGGUGGCUUCAGUGUAUACAAGAUUACUGUAAAAUCGUUCCAAAUGGCACUGACAUUCUCAAGUAUCCUGUAUCCAGAAUGUACCCUACAGAUGACUCCCCUCCUCAGCCAGCAGGCAAAAAGGAUCAGCCACUAUAUGAAGUGAUACAGGAAGCCAUGCAGAGACAUAUGCAAGGCAUACAGUUUCGAGAAAGGAAUGCUGGCCCACAGAUAGAUCGAAAUAUGAGAGAUGAAGGUUUUAAUGUGACUGCAGGUGUGGACAUGGAAACUGGCUUUGUCUAUGGAGGGAACCGUUUUAAUUGUGGUACAUGGAUGGAUAAGAUGGGAGAGAGUGAAAGAGGUCGCAAUAAAGGAAUACCAGCAACACCAAGAGAUGGUUCUGCUGUGGAAAUUGUUGGUUUGUGCAAAUCAACAGUUAACUGGUUACUGGAGCUGUCCAAGAAGAACCUAUUUCCUUAUCCUGGAGUUACUGUGAAAACACAUGGGAAAGAAGAGACCAUUACAUAUGAUCAGUGGAACAGGAAAAUCCAAGCACACUUCGAAAAGCUAUUCUUUGUAUCUGAGAACCCAGCAGAUCGCAAUGAGAAGCAUCCAACCCUGGUUCAUAAGCGGGGCAUCUACAAGGACAGCUAUGGAGCAUCAAGCCCUUGGUGUGACUAUCAACUCAGGCCGAAUUUCCCAAUAGCUAUGGUUGUGGCACCUGAAAUGUUCUCUAUUGAGCAUGCUUGGAAAGCACUUGAUAUGUUAGAGCAAAAGCUACUUGGUCCACUUGGCAUGAAAACUUUAGACCCAGAUGAUAUGGUUUACUGUGGUGUGUAUGACAAUGCCUUAGAUAACGAUAACUACAAUGUGGCUAAAGGGUUUAAUUACCAUCAAGGGCCUGAAUGGCUUUGGCCCAUUGGAUAUUUCCUCCGUGCCAAGUUGUACUUCUCCAAGUUAAUUGGUCCAGAGAUAUAUGCAAAGACUGUGUUUUUGAUUAAGAAUGUUCUUUCUCGCCAUUACGUUCAUCUUGAGAGAUCCCCUUGGAAGGGACUUCCAGAACUGACUAAUGAAAAUGGCCAGUACUGCCCUUUCAGCUGCGAAACACAGGCCUGGUCAAUUGCUGUGAUCCUUGAGGUUCUCUACGACUUGUAAAAGUGGUUCUUUGUCUCGAUAGAAUGACAAGAUUUUGUCCUGAAUGCAAGUUAUCAUGCUUGUUCAAUAGUGUAAAAAAAGAAAGGGAAAAAAGUCCUGCUUUUAGAAAUGGUUUGUGCCCCUGUACUUUCCAGACACUUCAUCCUUUGAGAAUCACACUAUAUGUAAUCACUAGAAAUUGGAGAAUGUAAUAAAUUAUACUAUAACAGGUUUCAAACUCAAAUCUCUUGCGUGCAGCAAUAUUUUAAUUUCAGUUUACCACUGAACCUGCAUUAUGAAAACAAGGAGGUGAAAGCCAAACAAAACGUGUUUACACUUGGAGCUGCCCCAGCCAUAUAGAACGGAAGGUAUUGUCUGGCUUGAGGAGUAAAAGAGUUAAACAGGUGAGAAAUGUGGAACCCUCCCACAAACCUGCCGCAGACCCUGUCCCCCUAUUCUAAUAUCUGAGCUUAGCUAAAGGGAGAGUGACAUCAGAAGACAACCAUGGGGAAGUAAACUUUUAGCAGUGGCAGACAAGUUUUGCGCACCUUACUUUCAUGCCCUGUUUGUUCUUAAAAGCAGACACCCCAAGAUCCCAGUUCCUGUGUGAUUAUGGCAGAUGCCCCUUCGUGACUAAUCUGGCCUUGAAGCUUUUGUUCUAUCAGUUUGAGGAAGGGGGGAGUUUGGACAUGCUAAUGCAUUCUAUGAGCAUUAAAUGUCUUUGGGAUAUCCUCCCCUUUAUUUUUUGAAGUGGAGUGGGCUUAUUCAGAAUGCUCUACUUUGGGUAGUAUCCAGCUGGGGCCCAGCACUAGUGCUAAUGACAUUGUGCUAGUAUAAACCAACAUUUCCACAAUGUAACUAACACUUGCUAGGGCACUGGGGAAAAGCAACAAUGUGCUGACACUGCUUUUUACUGUUGUCCUAGCAAGUGAUAAUUAUGUUGCUCAAGAGUUGUUUUAUGCUAGCCACGGUAUCAUUAGUGCUAGUACUAGAGCAGUUGGAUACUACUCUCUGCUGGAGUAGUUAGAUACAUUUUGCAUAAAGGUACUCAUGCAAUGCAACAAUCUGGCCAUGCCACAGAACAAACCCCCAAUUUUUCUCAAAAAUACUACUACUACUACUAAUCAUCAUCAUCAUCAUCAUCUUGUUUCUAAACCAUCCCUGGAUUACUUUUGUAUAUGAAAAUCUCAAAUUGCCUGUUUAUUGCAAAUCCUACUAGAGUUGGUGUUUGGAAGGCCCAUUAGAGAGUUGGACUGUACCACAUAAAAGGCUCGCUCUUACAAAAGAAGAUACAAAUUUAGGAAUGAUUUACAUUCCACUCCACAUAAUGGCUCUUUGUAUAUCAGCCCUAGGAAACCUGCAAGCCGAGAAUUGCUCUUUAGCAGGUCAUUGUAAGAGAUUCCUUCCCUUAGUUCAAGCCAAUUUAUUCCAAGUACUUUAGAUUAUGGUUUAGUGAAAGCAUCUGGAACUCAGUAGCCUGAAUUCAGCUGUGCAAUUAAUCAGCAAAAGCCAGCUUAGGGAAGGAUGUCCCUUUUUAUUGCAGAAGGAAAUAGUAAGCCAUGACUUAAAAUAUAGGGUAGUGACAAUGCAAAUCUCACUCACUACUUUUAAUUUGUAUAUGUAAUAUUUAUAAUUUUAUAGUGUGCUUUAAUCAUUUCAGCACUAUUGUUAAUACUAUUUUCAAAGCAAAAGCAUAUAGUUUGAGGUUUAUCUGAGGACAUGGUACGGCAGAGAAAAUGGGUUAGGGAUAAUGUUACUCUGCAGCUGUAUUGUGGUAUACAUCACCUUUUAAAAACUUCUAUUUAAUGUGUUCAUAUUGGUACUUUGAUAUUAUGAAUAAUUUAAGAGAUUUUGGUUGACACUUGCACUACUAAUUCAUUUAGUACAUGUAAUUGUGUCAGUGAAUUCCAUCUAAUCACUAGGAUGUUCUUUUUUCAUUAAUAAAAGGUAAAUACUACUGUAAAACUUCGUUUUGACAUUCCUAACCAUUUUCAGUCAUAUUAUUGAGUGGCUAAUUAAUGUUUUAUGUAUCCAGUUUUCUUGUGGGCUCUUUUGAAGCUCUUUUAGAAAAUAGAUACUGUUCUAUUUAGUUUUAUUUUUAAGCCUCGUAUAAAAAAAAGAGACUGAGGAAAUUUAUAUCAGGCUAAGACAAUCUGUUUGGAAACCAUUUCUUGGUGUUUAGAAAGCAUUUUAUUUAAAACAAUUGAGGAUGCAGUCCUAUACUCACCUGGGAGUAAGUCCCAUUGAACUCAGUGAGGCAUAUUUCUGAGUAGGCAUGUAUAGCAUUGCUCUAUUAUAGAUCCAAAAAACCUAACUACAGAAUCCCAGUAUCCAACUUAUAAAUUAGAACCAAUUUAUAUGACCACAUGGUGCUCUGCAUGAUACUCCUUGAGGUAGCUUAGCUUAGAGGGAACUAUAUGGAUGUUGCAGCUGAGCAAACAGGAAAUCUUUCCUUACCUUUUAUCAGGCAAGAGCUUUUGGGCCAUAUGAAUUGGCAAAAAGUCUUAUUCCCUUCAGAGGAACUUAAGUUGGUGUAUUCAAUCAAUCAAUUUAUUGAAAGCAACCAAAUACAGGUUUUAGCCAAUUACAUACAUAAAAGUUACACACAGAGUAUAAAAGUGUGUCAUAUACAAAAAAAUAGAUAAAAUGUUAUAAAAUGUCAAAGCAUACAUGCACAUACAACUAAACCUUACAUGUUAAAAUAUUAAAACAUACAUGCGCAUACAACUAAAACCUUAUAUCUCAAGGCAGGCCACAUGAGUUUGUCUAAGCUGAGCAGCCUUCACCGCAAAGUUGGCUGUGUUAAACAUUGCAUAAACUGGACAGUAGAUAUUUGACCUUAUCCAUAUCACUGAGGGUAGGAAUCACCCUUAAGAGCUUCUUUAAAUAUUUUCCCCUGGGUGUUUCAUACAGUUGUAGCAUAUAGUGUUUGGUGUCUCCUACCCAUUGGCUGCCACAGAUGCAUGCAUAGGCGUUGAUCUCUGGGGAUUUUCUUAAACCUGCCUUCCAUAAAGUUUGAUUUCCUUAUCUGGCAGCGCAGGGCAGUGAAUGCCCUGCGAAGAGGUGGAUUUAGAUCAGACAAGUAUUUUUUCUAUCCUGUAUUCACACCAUAAAGGCUGACCCUUUGAGCCAAACUAGACAUGAAGAUGGAAGCUCCACACAGAGCACAGGACUGUCCCAACUGUGUGGAAAGAAGAGGGGGACUGAUUUUUAAGAGCAAAAGGGUUUCCCACAGCUUAGGUCACUGCAACUUCUCUCCCUGAGCACUUUCUUUUCAGCAAAGCUCCAGUACCAGACAUGAUCUCCCUUGGGGUUAAAGUGUUUGAGGAGCGGAGCUGCAAAGAGAUAAACUGGAAGAAAUGUUCAACAACCCCACGCUCAUGAGCUUCUGUUGUUGCUAGUAUUGAACCCCCACCACACCUUCCUUCCUUGAUUGGGGGCACUUUCAGCACUGCCAGUGACAUGCCUAGUUUGGCUUUUAGGUCUAGGUGGGCUUGUUCCUGCACAAAUUUGGAAAACAUACGUUCUUAACAAUUCAGUACGCUGUUACCAAGUUGAGAAAGAACCUGCAAAAGUGGAUUUGUGCAGAAUAGAUUUCCACAUGGUUUGGCAUUUUAGAGAUUAAAAAAAUGUUUGAAAGGGGAGGAAUGAGUACUCCUCUUUUUCCAUUCUGUUGUCACCUUGCGAAUUGCAUUUGUCUUGUCUGAAAACUGUAUACAUUUCUCAUGCUAAUGUUUUGUUUUGUUUUUAUAUAAUGAAAAUGAUAAAAAUGCGUAAUACAUUUUGGUUCUAAAUCUAUAUGCAUAAAGGGUUUUUUUUUUAAUUACAUAGCUAUUUAAAAAUGUAUAGACGUUUAAAAAGUUAAUGAAUAUGCCUUAUUGAGGGGGGAAACUGAGUAUGAUGUUCAUAAUAAUUACAUACUUUCAUUUCAUUGGCCUAUUCUUGGUUAUGAAGAACAGAACACUUUCAAAUGAAAAUGUCCACUUCAGUAUUUUAGCAAUGAUCUCAGGCAUUAAUGAUCUUACUUUUUGACAUGAUGAAGAAUAUAAAAAUUGAGUCUGAAAGUCAUAGCUAGAAUUUGCUUGGAGAAAAAUCUUUUAAGAAAGUUAAUAGACUUGACAGUUGAGAGAUAGUAAUAUGCAAUACUUCGUUUACAGCUUGUUCUACUAGACAUUUUAGUACCAACUGUGUGGUUAACAAAACUUUUUGUAGGCAGACUGAACAGACAAUUGUAUAUGUUUUCCACAGUCUACUUUAUGCUAUGGCUCCUAGCAGCAAUCAGUGUUUCAUUCUCUUUCAAUAGUGGAGCAAAGCCACCUGGGUAUCACAUUUGCACACAUUGCUUGCUGCUUCAAGUAGAUUUGUGAUUUUCAUUUCAUUUAAAUAAUACUUAUAAAGCCUGAAAAACAAUUGAAAAGGGAAUUAUGGGAAUACUGCAUGCUGUAUAGUGCAAUUGUUGCACACUUGAGUUUUGUGUGUCUGUCUGGUACAAUUAUUUUUGUUACACGAAUGAUAUUUUUCUGCCUUUAUCUGUGAGUGACAUUAAAUAAAAUCUAACAAAAAUA